CUCAAGCUUAAGUGCUAUUUCAUUUUUAAUUAUUAACUUCGAGAUGGCCAAAGUUGUUAUUAUUGCUUUCUUCAUAGCUGUCGCUGUUGCCGUUAUAGCUAACCCUGUGGAAGAGCAAAGCGACUAUCACACCGCAGAAUUUGAGCAUCAGCUCCGUCUCCCACGUGCCACCUGCGACCUGCUGUCAUAUUUCGGAGUGGCUGACACUGCGUGUGCAGCUCACUGCAUUGUCAUGAGAUACCGUGGAGGGUGGUGUCAGAAGGGAGUCUGCCACUGCAGACGCUAAAACUUUUAUAUUUUCUCAAAGUCAUGGAUGGAGUGACUGCUCUGCUUAUUAUGAUUAGCCCAGUAAAAUUUAUGUAUCUGGGAUACAACCAGUUAAAUCAUAGUUUUUUUUUAAUCCGUCACUCGUUUUAGAGACUAUGAUGUGUGGUGUCCUUAACGAUUUUGGUACUGUAGCGACCUUUAAAUUUGUAAAAAAGUUGGUAAAAAUUUAAAAAAUUGAAGAUAUCCAAAAAAAUUUAAGUGUGUUUCUUUAGCAUGUUUGACGGGUUAAUCAAAAACUUUUCAAAAAAUAGUUUCCAACGGCCUUUACUAUAUCAAAACAUACUGGACUGAGUUUGCACUCGCAUCCAUGUAUUUUUUUUAUAUUUUAUUUUGUGUUUCCACUACGCAAUUUAUAAUGAAACUUAUUUUAAGUCGGUAUAUUAUUAGGAAUGUAUAAACUAGUAUUAAAAUAAAUUGUCUUGUAGGUAGUCUUUUAACAAUUAUUUGGUGGAGGUUAAGGAAGGCAUUACGGCAAUAAACGUGAA